AUGUCAUUUUGGUGGCUGAAUCCUCUAAUAAAGGUGGGCUACAAGAAACCCCUUGAAGACAAAGACAUGCCACUUCUAGGCGCCACAGAUCGAGCACAUAACCAGUACUUGAUGUUCAUGGAGGAGCUGAACGGCAAGAAGCAGUCGCAGUCACAUGCCGCGCCAUCUUUCUUAUGGACUAUUGUUUCUUGUCACAAGCGUGCGAUCCUAGUCUCGGGUUUCUUUGCUUUGCUCAAGGUUCUUGCCGUAUCAACAGGCCCAAUAAUUCUCAAGGAAUUCAUCAAUGUGUCACUUGGGAAAGGGACCUUUAAAUACGAAGGCUGUGUGCUUGCUGGGUUAAUGUUCAUCUGCAAAUGUUGCGAAUCAUUGUCACAGAGACAGUGGUAUUUCCGCACUCGGAGAUUAGGAUUGCAGGUGAGGUCAUUCCUGUCAGCAGCUAUUUAUAAGAAACAACAGAAGCUAUCAAAUGCAGCAAAAAUGAAGCACUCUUCUGGAAAUAUUAUGAACUAUGUGACGGUCGAUGCGUACCAGAUUGGGGAAUUCCCAUACUGUUUCCAUCAAACAUGGUCAACAAGUGUUCAGCUUUGCAUUGCUCUGGCUAUUCUAUACUAUGCAGUGGGUGCUGCAAUGAUUUCAUCUUUGGUUAUCAUCAUUAUGAUCGUACUGUGUAACGUUCCAUUUGCCAGACUGCAACACAAAUUUAAGAGUAAACUUAUGGAAGCACAAGAUGUGAGAUUGAAGGCCAUGUGUGAGUCAUUUGUUCAUAUGAAGGUGUUGAAACUUUAUGCAUGGGAAGCUCACUUCAAGAAGGUCAUUGAGGGGUUGAGAGAGGUUGAGUACAAGUGGUUGUCAGCAUUCCAGUUUAGGAGGGCAUACAACGCUUUCCUGUUCUGGUCUUUACCGACUUGGGCUUCGGCAGCGACCUUUCUGACAUGCUAUCUUCUGAAAAUCCCUCUUGAUGCUAGCAAUGUCUUCACUUUUGUGGCAGCUCUAAGUCUUGUGCAAGAGCCAGUAAGGUUAAUACCAGAUGCUAUUGGCUUUGUGAUACAAGCUAAGGUUGCGUUCACUCGGAUAUCGAACUUCCUUGAUGCACCUGAGCUAAACGGACAGGUUAGGAAAAAAUCCUACGUUGGCAUUGAUUACCCUGUACCUAUAGCAAUGAAUUCGUGUAGCUUCUCGUGGGAUGAGAAUACAUCAAACCCAACUCUAAAGAAUAUAAAUCUGGUAGUGAAAGGUGGAGAAAAGAUUGCGAUUUGUGGAGAGGUAGGAUCGGGAAAAUCGACGCUUUUGGCUGCUGUACUCGGAGAGGUCCCCAAAACUGAAGGCAUGAUCCAAGUCUACGGGAAAAUAGCAUAUGUUUCUCAGAAUGCAUGGAUCCAAUCUGGGACUGUGCAAGACAAUAUUCUCUUUGGAUCGUCGAUGGACGGGGAAAGAUACCACAACACACUCAUGAGGUGCUCGUUGGUCAAGGACAUUGAAAUGUUGCCAUAUGGAGAUUGUACUCAAAUUGGGGAGAGAGGAGUACAUCUUAGUGGUGGUCAGAAGCAGCGAGUCCAGCUUGCUCGUGCACUAUACCAAAAUGCAGAUAUCUAUCUUCUUGAUGACCCUUUCAGUGCUGUUGAUGCACAUACAGCCACAAGUCUCUUCAAUGAAUAUGUCAUGAGUGCUCUAUCAGACAAGACUGUCCUGUUGGUGACGCACCAAGUGGAUUUUUUACCCGUAUUUGACUCCAUUUUGUUAAUGUCAGAUGGAGAGAUUAUUCGGUCUGCACCUUAUCAAGAUCUAUUGACAGAUUGUGAAAAAUUUAUAGGCCUUGUAAAUUCCCAUAAGGAUACUAUUGGUGCUGCGGAUCUUAAUAAAAACAUACCUCCGCAAAGCUCUAAGGAAGUGUCAAAAAAGGUGACAGAUGAUAUUCAUGGAAGCAGAAAUACAGAGUCUGUGAAGCCAUCACAGGAAAACCAACUGAUCAAGAAAGAGGAAAGAGAAACAGGGGAUGCAGGUUUCAAGCCUUAUAUGAUUUACCUGCGCCAACACAAAGGCUUCCUCUAUUUCUCUUUGUGUAUGUUUUUUCACAUAAUUUUCAUAGCUGGGCAAAUAUCACAGAACUCAUGGAUGGCUGCUAAUGUCCAAAAUCCUCAUGUCUCUUCAGAUUUGAGCCUCGUUGACCUUGAUGUUCCAUUUUCAUUUGUGUUUAGCCUUGGUGCCAUCUUUAAUGCAUAUAGCAAUCUAGGUGUAUUGGUUGUUAUUACAUGGCAAGUUCUGUUUGUAUCCGUGCCAAUGAUAGUUUUGGCAAUUUGGUUGCAGAGGUACUAUCUAGCGUCGGCCAAGGAAUUGAUGCGGAUCAAUGGUACUACCAAGUCUGCUCUGGCAAAUCACUUAGGUGAAUCUAUUUCAGGGGCUAUAACAAUAAGGGCCUUUCAGGAAGAAGAUCGUUUCUUUGCUAAAAAUUUGGAUCUUGUCGACAAGAAUGCUAGCCCAUAUUUCUAUAAUUUUGCAGCAACUGAAUGGUUGAUUCAACGUCUGGAGAUAAUGAGUGCCGCAGUUCUUUCUUUUUCUGCCUUUGUCAUGGCCCUUCUUCCUCAAGGAACAUUUAGCCCUGGUUUUGUCGGAAUGGCUUUGUCCUAUGGUCUUUCCCUAAAUAUUUCGUUCGUUUUCUCUAUUCAAUUCCAAUGCAACCUUGCAAAUCAAAUAAUCUCGGUCGAACGGGUGAACCAGUACAUGGACAUACAAAGUGAAGCAGCAGAAGUUGUUGAAGAAAAUCGACCGUUACCAGAUUGGCCCCAAAAUGGCAUUGUGGAAAUUAGGGAUUUGAAGAUCAGGUAUAGGAUAGAUGCUCCCCUUGUACUACAUGGAAUCACUUGCAAGUUUGAAGGUGGAGAUAAGAUUGGUAUAGUUGGUCGAACAGGAAGCGGCAAGACAACAUUAAUUGGUGCAUUGUUUCGUCUUGUUGAACCUGCCGAAGGGAAAAUAAUUAUAGACUCUGUGGACAUCAGUACGAUAGGCUUGCAUGACCUGCGGUCGCGUUUGGGUAUCAUUCCACAAGAUCCAACACUUUUUCAGGGUACAAUAAGAUACAAUCUAGAUCCUCUUGGGCAGUUCUCAGAUGAACAAAUAUGGGAGGUUCUUGACAAAUGUCAACUUAUUGAAGCUGUCCGGGAGAAGGAACAGGGAUUGGAUUCACAUGUUGUGGAAGAUGGGUCGAACUGGAGUAUGGGUCAAAGGCAGCUCUUCUGUCUGGGACGUGCACUUUUGAGAAGAUGCUGCAUCUUAGUUCUUGAUGAAGCAACAGCCUCUAUAGACAAUGCCACAGAUGCUGUCCUUCAGAAAACAAUCCGGACAGAAUUCAAACAUUGCACCGUUAUUACAGUUGCACACCGUAUACCAACAGUUAUGGACUGCGAUAUGGUACUUGCAAUGAGCGAUGGGAAAGUAGUGGAGUUUGAGAAACCUACAAAGCUCAUGGAAACUGAAGGAUCUCUGUUCCGGGAGCUGGUCAAGGAGUAUUGGUCAUACACAUCGAACACAAAUAUUUAG